UUUUUAUAUACAUGUCACUGAGUAAUUUGAUAUCCUUGAUGGUCACAUAACCUAAUCACUGAUCAGUGAAAUGGCGAUUGGAUCAUCAAGCAGAAGCUUAGCAAAGCCUUGGCCUGGAAACAGGCUUCUUCUUUCCUCUAGCUUGAUCAUCAUCGUUGGAAUAAUAUUGGCCUUCACUUAUCAGUCAAUCUUGAAACCUCCACCACAGAAGCUAUGUGGCUCUCCCGGUGGUCCACCGAUCACAGCGCCGAGGAUAAAGCUGCGAGACGGGAGGUAUCUGGCUUACAAAGAACAUGGACUCCCGAGAGACAAAGCUAAACACAAAAUCGUAUUUAUCCAUGGAUCCGAUAGCUGUAGACACGACGCCGUUUUUGCCACUCUGCUCUCUCCGGGUUUAGUUGAAGAACUAAGCGUGUAUAUGGUUUCGUUUGAUAAACCGGGUUAUGGAGAGAGCGAUCCGGAUCCAAAUCGUACUCCAAAAAGCUUGGCUUUAGAUGUUGAAGAGCUCGCUGAUCAGCUGAGUCUAGGAUCGAGAUUCUACGUGAUCGGGAACUCAAUGGGAGGACAAGCGACGUGGGGUUGCCUCAAGUACAUCCCUCACCGGUUAGCCGGAGUAACACUUGUUGCUCCUGUGGUUAACUUUUGGUGGAAGAACUUGCCUUCGAACGUUUCAACUCAAGGUUUUAACUUGCAACCAAAGAGAGAUCAAUGGGCGGUUCGUGUUGCUCACUAUGCUCCUUGGCUUAUUUACUGGUGGAACACACAACGUUGGUUCCCGGGUUCCAGUGUCGCCAACCGAGAUCUUGGUGUCUUGUCCCAGCCUGAUAAAGAUAUCAUUUUGAAGCUUGGAUCAUCGAGGAAACCGCAUUGGUCAGAAGUAAGGCAGCAGGGAAUACAUGAGAGUAUUAACCGUGACAUGAUUGUGGGUUUUGGAAAUUGGGAAUUUGAUCCUGUAGAACUCGAGAAUCCGUUUUUGAACAAAGAAGGUUCUGUUCAUUUGUGGCAAGGAGAUGAGGACAUGUUAGUGCCUGUGUCAAUGCAACGUUACAUUGCACACAAGCUUCCUUGGCUCCACUAUCAUGAAGUUCCGGGAAGUGGCCACUUCUUCCCCCGUGCUAAAGGUAUGGUUGAUGACAUUGUUAAGACACUCUUAACCACCUAUUCCGAUAAUUGACUAAGGUAAGAUCCCAGUGUAUCAAAGCCCAAAAGAUUAUGGGUGUAAUGGAUUUAUGUAAUAGAUUGUUUUACAUUACGAGAACAUAAUAAGAAAGAAGUAAGACUUUUUACAA